AUGGCUUGGAAAGGUAUGGAAGCGUUAUGGCUCUUCCUGAUCCUUAUAUCAUGCCACCCUCGGUCAAUCCGAUCAGCUCCUCUCUCCUCCUAUCUGGUAUCAUCAUUUACCCCUCCUGACUCUGACUCCACCCUACCAUUCAACCACAUCGCCGUCAACAACACCACUGAAGAUGUCUAUAUUGGAGCACGGGAGAGGCUCUACCAACUCGGCUCGGAACUAAAUCUGAAGCAUACCGUGAAUACUGGAAAGUGUACUGGUCUAAAUGAUGGGAAUGUUAAUGACAAUAAACUUCUCAUUGUGGUGACAACACCUCAGAGGAACACUCUCAUCACUUGUGGAGGCUGUGACGGUUUCUGUGAGACAAGGAGCUUAGCCAAUAUAUCACAUGAUGUAAUGAGGUAUGAUUCAGGCAAUUCUCAGUUAGUUAAGACAACAAAUGAUCUACCUACUGUUGGAGCUGUUGUUCUAGGUGCCAACUUUGAAAGUGAUGGUGUGGGUACUCCAAAUGGAAACUUUUACCUAUUCACAGGGGUCAGUGGUAUUGGAAUUCCCUUCAUUUCAAAACACAAUCUGUUAGACCUGAAUGCAGAGCGAGCCAUAUAUGGAGCCGUACAUGGAUAUCUAUUCAGACAUGUGGUCGCUUACAAGGAUUAUCUGUACUAUUUCAUAUCUAGAGAAAACAAUGCGUACUUGGGACGUCUGUGUCGUAAUUCAUUAGAUAUAGACUUUGCAUCUUACACAGAGAUAGAGCUACAGUGUGGAUCUUACAAUAUGAUCCAUUCUGCUCAUAUCGGGCUAGCAGGAUCCCAGCUAGCUGACUCAUUGAAUAUCGACAGCACAGAUGCCUUAUUGCACGCGGUAUUUUCAAAUGAGGGCUCAUCUGCCCUCUGUGUCUAUAAGAUGAGUGAUGUCCAGCAGAGCUUUGACGUUGCUGUCUUAGGAUGUUUCCAAGGAACUAGCAAUGGCACAACGAACAGUUUCCUGGAUGACAGCAUGUGUCGCGAAUCUCCAGUAAGUCAAUGUAAAAAUGAUUAA